UGGGCAGUGGGUUGGUCGGCUGGGAGUUCCAGGAGGAACCCUUCACAAAGGCAAGGCCUCUGCAGACCAGGACAGCUGCAGGUAGGUGUGCAGACCAGUGAGCUGUGACCAGGAGUUGAAGAUGGCCGGAAACUGCUCUUGGGAAGCCCAUCCUGCCAACAGGAACAAGGUGUGUCCCGCCAUGAGCGAGGCCCCGGAGCUGUACAGCCGAGGCUUCCUGACCAUCCAACAGAUUGACAUCCUGCCACCCCCCGCUGUCAUGAACUACAUCUUCCUGCUGCUCUGCCUGUGUGGCCUCGUGGGCAAUGGGCUGGUCCUCUGGUUUUUCGGCUUCUCCAUCAAGAGGACCCCCUUCUCCAUCUACUUCCUGCACCUGGCCAGCGCAGAUGGCACCUACCUCUUCAGCAAGGCCGUGUUCUCCCUCCUGAACACCGGGGGCUUCCUGGGCACCUUUGCUGACUACAUCCGCAGUUUGUCCAGGAUCCUGGGGCUCUGCACGUUCGUCGCCAGUGUGAGCCUCCUGCCGGCCAUCAGCACCGAGCGCUGUGUGUCUGUCAUCUUUCCUGUCUGGUACUGGCGCCGGCGACCCAAGCGCCUGUCGGCUGUGGUGUGCGCCCUGCUCUGGCUGCUCUCCCUUCUGGUCACUGGCACUCACAAUUACUUCUGUGUGUUCCUGGGCCGUGAGGCAUCCAGGGCGUCCUGCCGGCCCAUGGACAUCUUCCUGGGCGUCCUGCUCUUCCUCCUCUUCUGCCCGCUCAUGGUGCUUCCCUGCCUGGCACUUAUCUUGCAUGUGGAGUGCAGGGCACCGCGGCGCCAGCGGUCUGCCAAGCUUAACCAUGUCGUCCUGGCCAUGGUCUCCAUCUUCCUCGUGUCCUCCAUCUACUUGGGGAUCGACUGGUUCCUCUUCUGGGUCUUCCAGAUCCCAGCCCCCUUCCCCGAGUAUGUCACCGACCUGUGCAUCUGUAUCAAUAGCAGCGCCAAGCCCAUCGUCUACUUCCUGGCUGGGAGGGACAAGUCCCAGCGCCUGUGGGAACCUCUCAGGGUGGUCUUCCAGCGGGCCCUGCGGGAUGGAGCUGAACUGGGGGAGGCUGCGGGCAGCACACCCAACACGGUCACCAUGGAGAUGCAGUGCCCCUCUGGGAACGCCUCCUGAGAGACCAGCACCUGGGAAGAGGCCGGGGCAGGAAGUGACCUGUGGCCUCCAGACAUACUUUGCCAAGGGGCAAGAACAGGGCAGCUGCCUGGUGCCCAUGGAGGAGGAGAAGGGCUAUCUCCACUGCCCUCACUUUCUGUGCCUCACUCUCACUGGUCCGUAGGCUCUGGAGCUGGUUGAGAGGCUGAGCAGCCACCUAUAAUCAGACCCUGUAGCCCUGUGCU